CCAGGGAAGCCCUCAAAUAAACAACUUUAAUCAACGCUUUAAUGAAAGAGAAUAAAGAACCAUGCCUUAAAUUCUCUCAGCUAAAUUUAAAGGAUUCCUUCAUAGAUCUGUUUAAUCCCAAAAUGGAGAUAUUUUUGAUAUUGUAUACAAGGAACAAUCCGAGCUGUGCUGAGUCACUGUUUAAGCAGGAUAACUCACUUAAUGUUAAUUUCAGCACAAGAAAGAAAACAGUCUGGCUUAUUCAUGGAUACAGACCAAUGGGCUCCACUCCACCCUGGCUUCAGAACUUUGUGAGAAUUUUGUUGGAACAAGACGAUAUAAAUAUAAUUGUAGUAGACUGGAACCGAGGUGCUACAACUUUUCUUUACAGUAGAGCAGUUAAAAAUACCAGAAAAGUUGCUGUGAGUUUGAGUAGGUACAUUCAGAAUCUUUUGAAGCAUGGAGCAUCUCUUGAUAAUUUUCAUUUCAUAGGUGUGAGCUUAGGGGCUCAUAUUAGUGGAUUUGUUGGAAAGAUAUUUCAUGGUCAAGUUGGAAGAAUAACAGGUCUUGACCCUGCUGGACCACAGUUCUCUGGAAAACCAUCAAAUGGCAAAUUAGAUUACACUGAUGCAAAUAUUGUGGAUGUCAUACACACUGAUACCAAUGGUUUAGGCAUUAAAGAACCCUUGGGACAUAUAGAUUUCUAUCCAAAUGGAGGGAAAAAGCAACCUGGCUGUCCGAAAUCAAUUUUUUCAGGACUUGAAUUUAUUAAAUGCAACCACCAGAGAGCAGUUUACUUAUUCAUGGCAGCUUUGGAAACAAGCUGCAAUUUUAUUUCACUUCCUUGUCAUUCAUACAAAGAUUACAAGACUGGUUCAUGUGUGGAUUGUGCCGACUUUAAGGAAAAAUCAUGUCCUAAACUAGGUUAUCAAACUGAGCUAUGGAAAGAUGUUUUAAAAGAGAGAAUAGAGAACAGAACUCUCAGGACCACUGUGUUUUUGGAUACUGUUGGCACAAACCCAUUCUGUACCUAUUAUUUUGUUCUCAGUAUAAUUGUUCUGGAUAAAACGAUGAAGGAUGGCUAUAUUACAUUUAAAUUAUUAAACCAACUUGGAAUGGUUGAAAAGCCAAGGCUCUAUGAGAGGAACAGAUUACUUUAUAAACUUCAAGAAUUCAGGAUUCUUGCUCAGUUUUUAAAUGAUGUUGUAAAUAUUUCAAGCAUUAGUUUGGCAUAUUUUCAGAGGUCAAAUCAGCAAUGUUCCACAUGCAAAUACACUAUUCAGCGUCUCAAGUUAAAAUCACUUACAUAUCCAGAAAGACCACCAUUAUGCACUUAUAAUUUUGUACUUAAAGAAAGUGAGGAAAUAUUUCUCAGUCCAAAUACAUGCACACCAAAUGAAAUAUAAAAUGCCUUCUUCUAUCAAAUUUAACAACUUGUUUGUGAAUUAAAGAACUUGUAA